AUGUCAGAAUCCGACCUCGCCAGAAAGUGGGACCGGUGCAUGGCCGAGGUGGAGGUGAAGCUAGAAGAAUGUGGGCCAUUAGCCUUCGGUUCUGGCGUGGGACUGGGGAUGGCCUACUCCAUCUGUCAGCAGGACCUGCAGGCCCCGUAUCUUCUACAUGGAAAAUAUGUCAAAAGAGCAGUGACGUUUGCUGAGAACCUCCCAGUGGGAGGAAAGAGAAACCACGUUUAUUCCUCAGGAAUGCUGACGUGCCCUGGAGUGUGCUGA